GGGGCCCUUCCUGGUAUUCAAAUGUGAGGAGCGGGGCGUGACCCGCCGGCACCUUAUAAGAGGAGGAGGUCCAGGUUCCUCUCCUGUAUUUGCGCGCUGCACCUCCGCCUGCCACACGCUGCGUUCCGAGGGCCCCGGAGGACAGAGAGAGAGAGAAGAAGAAGAGAAACGGGCCAGAAAAAGUCAACAUCUGCUGAGCCAUAACAAGAAUGAGGUUAUGAAACAAUGGACGACUGACGAAUAAGAAAUAUUGACUUUACUAUUCCCAGGAGCAGAGCGUUGUUUCGUUCUCUUUUUUUGACUACACAUUUCCUCCCUCUUUUUUUUUGGCAAACGGGAGACAACUUUCUGCUUUUGAAGUUUUUUGUUUUGUUUUCAACAACAAUUAACAACUUUACGAAGGAUUGUAUAUUUAUUUUUGAUCUUUUUUUUAAAACAAUCCGGUCCUAGAUAAGUCUUUCUCCUCCAAAGACUUGUCUUGGGGAUGUUGAGCUCCGUGAAGAUGGAAGCACAUGAUCUACCAGAGUGGAAUACUUUCUACAGUGAGGCCAGCGAGCUAUAUUCCUCUCCCAGCACCAUGAACUCUGGUCUGGGCUCCAUGGGCUCCAUGGGCACCAUCAACAGCUACAUCAACUUGAACCCGGCCACCGCCUCCCCUGCAGGCAUGAACAUGGCGUACCCGAGCUCCAGCCUCAGCAGCUCCCCCCUGGCCUCCAUGGGCUCCGGGCCCGGCCACAUGUCCCUCUCCCCGGUGGCCUCGUCCCUCGGCUCGGGCCCUCUGAGCCAGCUGGGCCCCGCCGCUCCCGGCUCCCUGGGCUCCCUGACCCACUACCAGAACAUGGGCCAGUCCAUGAGCCAGCUGGGGUACUCCUCCGCCGCUCCCCUGAGCCGUGCCGGGCCCAAGGAGAUGCCCCCUAAGCCCUACCGGCGCUCUCUGACCCACGCCAAGCCGCCGUACUCCUACAUCUCCCUCAUCACCAUGGCAAUCCAGCAGAGCGGCAGCAAGAUGCUCACCCUGAACGAGAUCUACCAGUGGAUCAUGGAGCUGUUCCCCUACUACCGCGAGAACCAGCAGCGCUGGCAGAACUCCAUCCGCCACUCGCUCUCCUUCAACGACUGCUUUGUGAAGGUGGCGCGCUCGCCGGACAAGCCGGGCAAGGGCUCCUACUGGACCCUGCACCCGCAGUCGGGCAACAUGUUCGAGAACGGCUGCUACCUGAGGCGCCAGAAGCGCUUCAAGAUCGAGGAGAAGCUGGCGAAGAAGGCAGCCAAGAACCAGGAGGGGGGCUCGGGGAAAGGGGGCCACGGCGGGGAUCACCUGGCGGAGGACCACAGCCCUGUGGGAGGAUCGGAGGGAGCCGACUCCGCCCACUCGGACAACUCCCACCUGGGCUCCUCAGACGACCAGUCGCAUUCCCGGAACUCAAUGGGUCCGCUGGACUGCCCUCCGCUGUCCUCCUCUCACCUCCACAGCCCGCCCAUCUCCCUGCCGCCGUCCUCCUCCGCCUCAUCCUCCCUGUCCCUGUCGGCCACCUCCUCCUCCAGCCCGCUCCUCCACUCCCAGUCUCUAGUGGGCGGCGGCCACCUCAUGCCCAGCGCCAUGCAACAGCACAUGGACCUACAGAGCGACGCCCUCAAGUCCCUGGACCCCCACUACAACUUCAACCACCCCUUCUCCAUCACCAACCUCAUGUCCAAUGAGCAGAAGAUGGACCUCAAGUCCUACCAGGACCAGGUAAUGGCCUACAACAGCUACGCCAGCGGCUCCCCCGUGGGGGCAAAGCAGAUCUACGACAGCCAGGGGCCGGCCACCAUGGACUCAGGCGCUUACUACCAAACUCUGUACAGCCGCUCGGUGCUCAAUGCUUCCUAAUGCCCCCCCCCCCCCCCAACCCCCCUCCCUCCACACACACACACCUGUCUCUUAAGGCGAGUCAAGAUGACUUCUUUUCCUCUCCUGCCUUUUCUAAAAUGGACACCCCAGCUCUCUUUAUCUUCCUCUUUCUCUCCCUCGCUGGCUCACGUCCAGAGGCCUCGGAAGAGACACGCAUCUAAAAUGGCUGCCGAGUUUGAGGGGACCAAAGGACAGUUUUUUGUUUUUACCAACUCUGAAAACAUUCAUACUGGUUGGGCACACGGAGGACUGUUAUGUGUGUUUGUGUGUGUGUGUGUGUCAAUACAGGAGUCCGAUUCUGUCCUGGGGAAAUUGGCUUUGUACAAAAUGUAAAUAGAGGUAAUAUGGGAAGAAAAAAAAAAAAAA